AUGGAAUCCUGUUUGACACAAAAUUGUGCUGCGGUAUCAAGUGGAACAGCAACCGGAUUAAUUUUCACACAGCUUUUUAAAACCCUUUUAACAGCCCAAUGUGCUUUAAAUGCAGACGAUUUAUAUCCACGUGACAGAACUUCAGAUGUCCUUAAAGAAAAUCCAGAAUUCGAUUUUAUAAUAAUAGGUGCUGGAACUGCAGGUUCAGCUUUAGCCAGCAGAUUGUCAGAAAUUAAAAAAUGGAAAAUCCUUUUGGUGGAGGAGGGAGAAAAUCCUUCUUUAAGUAGCAGAAUACCCGGACUUUGGCCCACUUUGUUUCAUUCUGAAGAAGAUUAUGCCUAUGAAACCGAGCCAAAUGAUAAUUAUUGCCUUGGGCAAAAAACAAAAAGAUGCUAUUGGCCAAGAGGAAAAGCACUUGGUGGAAGCUCGGCUAUGAAUGCAAUGUUAUACAUUCGUGGAAAUGACAGAGAUUAUAAUCAGUGGGCUGAAAUGGGAAAUAAGGGUUGGAGCUUUGAUGAAGUUUUGCCCUAUUUUCGAAAAUCUGAGAGCUACAAUCCGGACUUUGCUGCUCAAAAUGGAAAACAUUAUUUUGGAACUGAUGGUCCCUUACGAAUUCGAAAAUUCAACCAUUCCAGUACAUCAUUACCUGAUAUACUCGUGAAGGCAGCCAGAGAAGUUGGACUCCCGAUUCUUGAAACUUUCAAUACAAAGAAUUAUAUAGGUUACGGAUAUUCUGAUGUUAACUCCGACAAUGGACUGCGAGUUAAUGUUGCAGAAGCUUACCUUUCAUUAGCUAAAAACAGGAAUAACUUGUACGUUUUAAAAUCCACAAAGGCAGAACAAAUAAUAAUGUCAGAAAAAACCGCAAAGGGUGUUCGUUUGAGAUUGCAAGAUGGUCAAAUUUUGAAUGUAAAGGCUUCAAAAGAGGUGAUUCUGUCCGCUGGUAGUAUUGCAACUCCACAAAUAUUGAUGCUUUCUGGAAUUGGUCCACGAUAUCAUCUUGAAGAAAUUGGGAUUCAAACUUUGGUUGAUUUACCAGUGGGUAAGCAUUUACAAGAUCAUAUAAUGAGUUAUGGAGUGCAUAUGACUUUUCUUAAUAAGACGGCUGUACCUCUGAAAACUACUGAUGGUUUGGACGAAGCUUAUAAAUAUCUAAUGUACAGAAGUGGCUAUUUAUCAUCAGCUGGAGUUGUUCUCCUGAGUUUUUUAAACGUGCACGAUCCGUUAUCAGAGUACCCAAAUAUUGAAUUUCAUCACUCUCAUAUUCCAAGUAGACAAUUUGUUCAGCUGGAAACAGUAAUUUCAGCAUACCAUAUUUCAGAUGAAAUAGGGGAUGAAUUAAGAAAACUAUUAGCAGUUCAAGAUCUCUUUUUUACCUUGCCAACUCUUUUAAAUCCAAAAAGUUUGGGAGAAAUAAAGUUACGAAGUGCAGAUCCUAAAGAGAAAGUGAAAAUAAUUUCUAAUCAGUUGGAACAUCCUUAUGACAUGGAGACAAUGGUCAAGUCGAUUGAAUUUUUACGCCUCUUAUUAAAAACAGACUCUUUAAAAAAACUUGGAAUGAAAUUGAAUAUUUUGAAUAUUCCUGGAUGCAAAGAUACGAAACCUGAUUCCAAAGAAUAUUGGGAAUGCAAUUUUCGUCACACUGGAACCACUAUUUUUCAUCCAGUCGGAACUGCAAAAAUGGGUCCUAAGGACGAUCCAGGAGCCGUUGUGGAUACAAGACUUAAGGUUCAUGGGGUUGAGAAACUUAGGGUUAUUGAUGCCUCGAUAAUGCCAAAAAUUACUAGUGGAAAUAUCAACUCUCCCACUCUUAUGAUUUCUGAAAAAGGGGCUGAUAUGAUCAAGGCAGAUUGGCUAGUAAAGGACGAAUUGUGA